AUGUAUCCUUCUUACGAAGUGGAACUGAACAUAAGUAAAGUUCGGCAGACAUUAUAUGAUUUAUAUGAUGAGUAUGUCGAGAUGUACAAUUCGGGUUCAAGCGGCCAAAGCGUUACUCAAAAUUCUUCCAGUUCCAGCCCGAGCCCCAGUCCAUCAGUAGCUGUAGCACCUUAUUCAGGCAUGAGUGAAUUUCUCACUCAUGUUUCAGCCAGUGAGAGUGUUCGACCAGAAAAAAAUGAAUUGGAUUUGUACUUUGAGGAUGGCCUGCUUACUGCCAAAGAUAACCCAGGUGUGGAUAUUGUGAAUCUAGAUGCACUCAAGUGGUGGAAAGACACAUCAAAGUACAAGAUAUUGCCAAAGAUGGCUAUUGAUAUCUUAGCCAUACCUAUCAGCACGGUUGCUUCAGAAGCUACAUUCAGUGUCGGAACCAGAGUGAUUGGUGCUUAUCGUUCUUCCUUGGCACCGGAAACUGUCGAGAUGUUGAUGUGCGCUGGUGAUUGGUGUCGUAAGCAACAUGGCAUCAAGAAAAAAGAUAAGGUGUUGGACUUAGACCUCUACAUGCUGAAGAGGAAGGUCUAA